CGAGUCACAUGUUUACUGUAUCGUCAGUACAUCUUUAUGUUUUAUUAAAUUAUUUCGGAUAAAGAUAUCGAGGAACCAUUCCAAAACAUCAGGAUGACUGCUAAAAAUCACUUUUCCCUCGAUCUUUGUCAACAGAAAUUGUUUAUUUCCUAUUUUAGAAAUUUACCUGAGAAACCAUCCACGACUAUUAGGUUUUUUAAUCGGACUGACUACUACACAGUGCAUGGGAACGAUGCUAAAUUUGCAGCUAAAGAAGUAUUUAGAACAGAAGCCUUUAUUAAAACUAUCGGUUCUGAUAGUGACUCACUGGAUUCUUUGAUUCUCAACAAGUCCCAAUUUGAAAGUCUGAUCAGGGAUUUACUUUUGGUCAAGCAGUACAAAGUCGAGGUGUACACAAACAAGGGGAAUAAAAAUCCGAACAGCUGGACCCUCGAAUACAAAGGUUCACCAGGAAAUCUCAACCAGUUCGAAGAGAUACUUUUCUCUGGAGUUGAUCAACUUGAGGGAAAUUCUACCAUUUCUCUUAAAUAUGAUCCUAAGAAUAAAGUAACAGGAAUUGCUUUAAUUGACAUUAUUGAAAGUCAAUUUUUGGUUGCUGAGAUUCCUGAUGAUGAACAUUUUGCUAAUAUGGAGGGCGUUAUCAUUCAGUUUGGCCCGAAAGAAUGUAUAAUACCGAAUGAAUCUACACCCGAAGCAGCUGCUUUAAAGAAGAUUGCUGAACGUUGUGGGGUGCUUGUUACAAUGAGGAAAAAAUCUGAUUUCAACUCUGACGGUCUGGUACAGGACUUAAACAGACUUAUCAAGUUCAAUGAAGGUCAACAGCAGAGCGCUAACGUAAUUCCUCAAAUGGAAUUUUCGAAUGCUAUGUCUGCCUUGGCUGCAGGCUUAAAAUAUUUAGAGCUAUGUGCUGAUGAGGAUAACUUUGGAAAGUUUGAUAUUAAUACAUUGGAUCACGGAAGGUUUGUUCAUCUCGAUUCAGCUGCAGUGUAUGCUUUGAGCAUUUUGGGAAAUGAAUCAACUCCAUCAAAUAACUUCAGCAUAACUUCACUGUUAGAUAAAUGUAGGACCACACAUGGUCAUAGGCUUCUUCAACAAUGGAUAAAACAGCCGCUGAGAGACAUCAAUAUUAUAUCCGAUCGGCAUGACAUCGUCGAAUUUCUUGUUAACGAUACGGUUUUGAGACAAGCACUUUAUGAAGACCAUCUCAAAAAGUUUCCAGAUUUGCAGGCCCUUUCUAAAAAACUGGCCCGGAAAAAGGCCACAAUGCAAGAUUGCUACAGGAUUUACCAGGCUGUCGAAAGGGUACCUCCCCUCAUAAGUUUGCUCAAAGAAUACAAAGAAAAUAAAAAUUACCACACAUUGAGAGACAUGAUUGUCUCACCUUUUGAAGAAUAUAAUGCUGAUAUGGAAAUGUAUAAAGAAAUGAUUGUCACAACGAUAGAUUUGAACCUCGUUGAUAGGGGAGAAUUUUUAGUAAAACCUGAAUUCGAUGACAAUUUAGAAGCUUUACACAGUCAGAUAACCAAGUUGGAAAAGAAAUUGAAGGAGGAGAUGAACAAAGUCGCACAGGAUCUGUCUUUAGAUGCAAAAGCGGUAAAACUUGAGUCGAACAAUCAAUAUGGUUACUUCUUUCGCAUAACUUUAAAGGAUGAAAAAGCAUUAAGAAAGAAAUCCGCAUACAGCGUGCUCGACACAAACAAAAACGGUGUUAGAUUCAGAAAUGCAAGACUUGGGGAAAUGAACGAUGAAUACCUAACUUUGAGAAAUGAUUAUGAAGAACAUCAGCAGGUCGUAGUAGAUGGAAUCAUUUCAACUGCAGUUGGUUAUGCCUCAACGAUUAAUAAACUGAGCUUUACACUUGCUCAGCUUGAUGUUUUAUGCAGUUUUGCCGUUGUGGCAGCCUGUGCCCCAAAACCGUAUGUGAGGCCUGUCAUGAAACCGGCUGGUUCAGGGAUUCUUAAUAUGUCGCAAGUCCGGCAUCCUUGUCUUGAAAUGCUAGAUAACAUGUCCUUCAUUGCAAAUGAUGCAAAUUUCAACAAAGACAGUUCACUAUUUUACAUAAUCACCGGCCCGAAUAUGGGUGGUAAAAGUACAUAUAUAAGAAGCAUAGGGGUUGCAGCUUUAUUGGCACACAUUGGCAGUUUUGUCCCUUGUGAUGAGGCUGAAAUUUCUAUUCUCGAUGCCAUCCUAGCUCGUGUUGGAGCCAGUGAUUCUCAGUUUAAAGGAAUGUCUACUUUUAUGGUUGAAAUGGUGGAGGCCGCGAGCAUCCUUAAGAUGGCAACUGGUAAUUCUCUUGUUAUUAUUGAUGAACUGGGUCGAGGAACAUCUACUUACGAAGGAUGCGGUAUAGCAUGGGCCAUUGCUGAAUUUCUCGCCAAAGAGGUAAAGCCGUUCUGCCUGUUCGCAACUCACUUCCACGAGCUUACAAGGCUGUCUGAUGAAAUAAAAGAAGUUGAAAAUCUGCACGUUACGGCAGUGACGUCAGAAGAUUCUCUGACGCUUUUGUAUCAAGUAAAACAAGGAGCUUGCGAUCAAAGUUUUGGCAUACACGUCGCCAACAUGGCCAAAAUCCCUCCACGAGUUAUUAAUGACGCUAAGAGGAAACUUUCUGAAUUGGAAGAUUUUCAGAGCUUGAUCAAAUCAGAAGAUGAUGUCAAAAAAAGGAAAAUUGUCCAAGACGGUGAAGCUGUAAUAAAAACAGUCUUGGACCAAAUAAAAAAUGAGCACUUGGAAAAUCUAAGCGAUGACGAAUUAAAGUUGAAAAUUGAAAACCUCAGGGAAGAAAUUAUGUCAAAGAAAAAUACUUAUCUUGAAAUACUUACCAAAAAACCAAUAGAAUGUUUUCCUUGAUUGUUUUCUAAAAUUUCAUUGUCUCAUACAUUUUUUUUAUUCUGGUAAUACUGUAUAAUUUAUCUGCCCAUAUGAAAGUAUACUUUAGAUUUUUGGAAUUAUUUAAUGUGGGAGGGAGACCAAUAGAAUGUUUUCCUUGAUUAUGUUUUCUAAAAUUUCAUUGUCUCAUACAUUUUUAUUUUUUUUUUAUUCUGGUAAUACUGUAUAAUUUAUCUGCCCAUAUGAAAGUAUACUUUAUGGAUUUUUGGAAUUAUUUAAUGUGGGAGGGAGACCAAUAAAGAAUGUUGUCAAGAAGGCAA